GCUUAGGGUCGCUGACGAUGACGGCAACGGCGUGCCAACAAACACGGUGGGAGAAGUGGUUGUCAAGGGAUACUCAGUGUUCCAGCAGUACUACGGAGACGAGGACAAAACUGCAGCCGCGAAGACAAAGGACGGGUGGUACAGAAUGGGAGACAUGGGGUGUAUCGGCGACGAUGGACUCUUGAGAAUCACUGGGCGGAAAACGGAGUUGAUCAUUAAGGACUCCGAGAACAUCUACCCCGCGAUGAUUGAGUUGCCAUUGCAGGAACAUCCGGCCGUGCAAGACGUAAAGGUAGUCGGAGUGCCGGAUGCUGUGUACGGAGAGGAGCUGUGUGCCUGCAUCAUCCUCAAGAGUCGGGAAGGCGUUGGAGAAGAGGAAAUGAAGCAGUUUGCGAAUGACCAUGGACUUAUAGAAGAGUACACUCCAGAAUACAUCCUGUUUGUGGACAGUUUCCCUAAGACAACUAACGGACGUAAGGUUGACAGAAAGAACCUGAGAAGUGCUGCUAUGGAACGAUUGGGGCUGAAAGAACUGGACUCGUGAAGAUCGAGUGAAGAACAUUACGCCACAUCUAAAUUUAGUAUUUGUAAGAGUUGAUGAUGAUGUAUUUUGAUUUAAUCUCCAAGCAGAUCCUACGGUAGCAUAAAGUAGAAUCAAAAGCUGGCAGAAGAGUGAAGCCGGCCCAGGAGUGUGUUUCGCUCCCUUUUUAACUCCCUUUGGCUGGCUAUACUCCUUGGCCAGCUUUGAUACUAUUUGAUGUCAUCGUAGGAUCUGUUUGGAGACUAGUUUUGAUCAACUACGUAAGAAGCGUAUCUAAGGCAAAUAAGCAGUGCACAUUUACACGUGGAACCAUAAGAAACUGUUGUUCAUUCGUAUCUACACAAUACCUGUGAUGCCCAGUUUUCUUUAAUCAGUCAUCUGCCAUUAUAAAUGUCGUACACUGCUUUGGUAUAUUGAAACCAGAUUUCUCAGAGCAAUGUAGUGAAAUGGCAGUGUCACACAGAUUGGCAACUGGCCUGUGUGGAUCUUGAUAAAGUCAAGUCAAGUCUGUCUAGAUUUAAUGUUACAGUUUGACUAUUUGCCUUUAUACAGUGCGAAUCUAGCGAGGCCUGAUCUUCAUCUCAGUGUGUUUAAGAGAGUAGUGAUAACCCUUCCAUGAUUUCCAGUUCACCCCAUCUGCAUAAGACUGAUGAUCCCCGCCAUGGUACAGACCAUUCAGGUUAGCAGUAUGACAGUUGGAGUACCACCAGCCUCCCUUGUAUGCCUGGGCACAGUCGAAACUUUCGCGAAUAUCAUUUUCCUUAUCCUUGGUUGAGAAGCACAUGGACGAAUGCCGGGCCAUACUGUUUCCUGAAUGAAAAUGAACUUUAUUAAAACAACUUCGGAAGACCACGUUAGCGAAGUGCUUUUUUGAGUUCUCACACAUUACAACUGACCUUUUACUAAUUGGUGUUAAAAC